UGGUUUCUGUCAGUUAAGGUUGACCUGUGUAACACCUGUAGUUUCUUACGGAUUUCUUCUCAGCUCGAUAUGGAAGCAGGCGAGGAAAAUGGCAACAAUAUGGGCUUGAAGAGACAGAGAGCACCGCUGUCGGAUUCAGAGGACAAUAACUGCUCAGCACCAGAGACCAGUGACAGUCAGAAGAGGCGCCGUCUGGAAGCGGCCGGUCAGGAGAACCGCUGCCCUGAAGCAUCUUCCUCUGGACGCCGAGCAGAGCUUGAAACCAAACCCGACACACCGAUAGUUCCCUCAGUCCGGUCACGAGUUCAACAGCUCACCCAGAGAAGAGAUGGAGGAGCUCCUCCUGCACAGCGGUGUCUCUCGGAUCCAGGCGGGGACAGCAAGGGCUACAAAGAGCCUCUCCUUGGUGAGGCAGAGUUCAAUCAGCGGAUGGAGCGAUUCAAAAUGGCCUCUUUCCAGAGUAGCCCCACCAACACCCCAAGCACCGCCAACCAGUGCCCCCGGACACGCUCCAGCUUUGUGUCAGUCAUCCAACAAAAACUCCAGGGCUCAACUACACCCAGCUCAAAGCAGGUUUCUCGCAUCCGCCAGGAGCGAGAGCAUGAACUGAGUCAGGUGCCGUUUCAGCCCAUCGCUGAGAACGCCUGGCUGAAACGGAGCAGCUCAGAUUCCGCUUUAGCAGAGGAUCAAGGUGUCGCUGAUGUGAAAGACUUUAGUUUCACUGAACCUCCGACGACAAGUGCAGAGAGUGCAUCUCUUAAUAUGACAGAUACUGAAGUGAGCUUUCGUGAUGACACCAACACUGGUGAAAUUAUCGAUCAGAUGUUCGAGGAGGUGCUCGAAUAUGCUGAAAGGAUGGAAGGCCCUGAGGAUCACGACAGUGGUAUUGGGGCUUGCUCCGUCGAAAACGAUAAGAUGGAGACGGAGAAGGAAAAAAGUGAAGAAGAGGUAGAGGCCAAAGAGGAGAAGAGUGAUAAGGUUGAUAACAUCAGAGAUGAGCUGCUCAACUUUCCUCCCACUGGCAUCCUCUCUCCUCUCAGCAAGUCUGUAGAGGCUGUGGUCACCCCACUGCGACUGGCCGCAAGCCAGGAGCCCAUCCCUCCUUUGCUCCUGACGCCAGAUGAAACUAACGCCCCUCCUGCUGAAUCUGCUCCCCUGUACAGCAUCGAUGCCUACCGCACACAAAGGCAGAGUAAGCUUCCCAUCGUUCAGAGCGUCACUCCGGGGGUUCAGAGACGGGCUGAAGAGGCGCCCAAGCCUCAACCGCCUGUCAACAUCAAGGAGAAAAUAGCGGCUCUUAAUGAAGAAGCUGGGAAACUGCAGACUGUGAUUAACCAGACGCUGCAGGCCCUGAACUGCUGUACGGAUGAGGAGCACGGGCGAGGCUCAUUGGAGGAGGCCGAAGCCGAGAAACUGCUGCUGGUCUCGUGUGAGAAGCGCUCUGCCCUGCUGGCUGAGGUGGCCAGACUGAAGGAGGAGAGGAGCUCAGAAUCUGGAGACAGUGAAUCCAUUUCCCAGCAGCCCUGCAGAGGCACUGUCAGCAUCACAAACAUCCAGCUGCCGCUCAAGGUGGAAUAUGUCUGCUCCUCACACAACCGUGCAGGUCGACCAAGUCACUACUUCUUUGUUCUUAUCCGCUACGGACCCUGCAACAUCGUCGCCACCCCUCUGGCCACAGCUGCAGAUGCUCAGAACGGAGACACCAUCUCCUUCCCCACAUCUGUCACUAUGAAGGAUAUUCGCUCAUCCUUUGAAAUUGAUGUGGAAGUCUACAGCCUGUCCCAAACCUCAGCUAGUAACUGCACCAUGGAGCGGGCCUCCACCAAGCCACGGGUCACUCCAAGAAAGCUUCUGAAUACUCUCACGCAGAGAUCCAGCGUCAGUUCAACAUCUGCUGCGCCUCCUCUCAUCACCCGUCGCUCCAGUAACUUUUGUCUGGUCGGCUCUCAUAAGAUCACGUUAGCCUCACUGGGACACAGCAAAUUCCCCCUGGAUAAGAUGAAACUGGAUGGCAAAGUCAGGAGGCUGCUGGGAGAUGAAUUUCAGGAAAAGGUACCCUUUCUUUCUCCUCUAGAGGGCAACAUCUACCUGCAGCUGGAGAGCAAGAGCCACUCUGACGUCCAGCACCAAGGCUUCCUGACGAUGUUCGAGUUGGUCAGUGGGUAUGGGGUCUGGCAUCGCCGCUUUUUUGUCCUGGAGGAAUGCAACCUGUACUACUGGAACUAUCCAAAUGACAGAGAAACAAAGGAGGCAGAAGGCAGCAUCUCUCUCUCCAGCUCACAGAGUCAGUGCGUCAGCCCUGUGAAGAGGGAGUUGUGUGCUCGACCUUUCACCUUUGAGCUGGUAAGCAGCGUAUCGCAGCAGGAGCAAGACCUCAGCCAGGAUGCCGCAGCCAAGUGUUGGUUUUCGGCAGACACCAAGCAGGAGAGGUUGGACUGGAUGGAGAAGCUCAACCAGGCUCUUUUGGACUUUCACACGUGGAAUCGAACCCAAACAGAGAGUCAGCAGUCAAACACGUCCAGCAGUGGGAACCUGAGGGAGAGUAUACUGUAACACAUCACUAAGACACCUGCUGGGAUGUGCUUCAGGGUUUACUCUUCAUCUCAGAGUGUUUGCCUCUCUGACAUGUGUCUCGUUGAUUUAUCUUUGGGAGAUUUUUUUUUUUUCCUUGUAUGUGUUUCUUUUUAAC